AUGGCCGGAAUGAAGUACAACAUCCGGGUGGAGGACAUCAUGGUGCGGGAGGUGCGCUACAUCACCCUCUCCUCCUCCUACCGGGGCCUGCAGGAGGUGGUGCAGACCAGCCAGCUCAAGACGCUGGCGCUGGUGGAGUCGCAAGAGUCCAUGAUCCUGCUGGGCUCCAUCGAGCGCAUCCAGCUGCAGUCGCUGCUCUCCAUCCAGCUGGGCCGCCAGCGCCGCCUGGACCACCUCAGCCAGCUGGCCCAGGACAACGGCACCCAGCACCACCACCACCUGUCCAGCCUGGGCUCCGACAGCACCCCCGGCUCCCCGUGCAUCGACCCCCACGCCCGCAUCACCAACGCCAACGCCUGCCAAGGGGUCCGUUUCCUGGUGAGAGCCCAACAGAUCUCCACAGAGGAGUCCACCUCCUUCAGCCCCGCGGCCAGCGGCGCUCAGCUGCCUCUGAAGUCGGCCAUGAAGGCUAUGUCAGCCAUCAGCGAAACAGAGACGCCCAAUAGUUCUCAGACCAUCUCCUGCACUGACCAUGGGAAGGAGUCUCUCGAGGGUUUGGCCGGGCCAACCCCGCCCACCGGCAGGAAGCCCAAGCUCAAACGAGUGAGGAUCUCCAUGGCGGACGCCACAGAGGUGGACGACGACAUGAGCACCACGGAGAUCUCAGAGUGGGAGGAGCAACAGCUGGACGAUCCCGUGGACUUCAAGAACUGCAAGAUAGACCCCGCCCCCUUCCAGCUGGUGGAGAGGACAUCUUUGCAUAAGACCCACACCAUCUUCUCUCUGCUGGGCCUGGAUCACGCGUACGUCACCAGCAUCGGCCGUCUCGUCGGAGUGGUCUCCCUUAAAGAGCUGCGUAAGGCCAUAGAGGGAUCUGUGACGGUGACCGGAGUGAAAGUGCGCCCCCCACUGGCCAGUUUCCGCGACAGUGGCAACAGCACAAAUGUAUCUGAUAUUACAGAUCUCCACAAGCUGUGGGUCCGCCACAGAGGCCACUCGUUGCCACGGGAACCAACACCCCCCGAGGCCGAGGACCAAUUGGAUCUCCCGUACGAGGAGAUCCCGGUCGACUUCUCCGACCAAUCGAAUAUUCAGUUUGAGAGCAGCCUGGGCGACGUCAUCACCCCCCCGUCAGAGCUGGUGCUCCAGGAGAGCCCCUCCUUCACCGAGGACCAAUCGGAGUUCACCUUCGAGUGCAGCCCCUCCCACACCGAGGAGUCGGAGCUGGGCUGUGACUAUGAGCCGCCGAGUGACACUCCCGAGCCGGACCAGUUAGAGACACCGACAGAUGAGCUGAGCCCCUCCCCUCCCCCAAACCUGGACCGGAUUGAGAUUUCGUCAGAGUCUGACGGUCAUGACUCCUCCCCCUCCCCCUCCGCCUCCCCCUCCUCCCCCCCAGCUGCAGAUCAGACCGAGUGA